UUGAAAUCGUCUCUGAAACAGCUGGGAAAGGAGCCAGCUCAGUUCCGGCUUUUUCUCAUGAUCUUCUGUGUUCAAAGACCAUGCAGGGUUGCACAGUUAUCUACUUCGUCUUCUCCAUCCUGAUCUCUGCAGGGUUUUGUUUGAAGUGUGAGCACUGCAGCAGCAACAGUGGUUCCUGUACUGGUGCACCACACAUCUGCCGACCAUUUGAAAACACCUGCCUGAUUCUCACCACCGAGACAACCAUUGGAAAGGAUGUGUGGCUUGCCACUUACAAAGGCUGCAGCAAAACCAAGUAUUGUGUUCCAUCACCCAUGAGCUUCACCCUCCCUUCGAGACGCAAGCGGAGUGCCGCAAAGUGUUGUCGCAAGGACCUUUGCAACAGUGGGACUGUGACAUUGCCCAAACUCGGGAUCCGCCCAAAUGGAAUGAAAUGUCCUGGAUGCAUCUCACAGGAUCCUACUUGCAAACCCACUGAGCUGAUCCAUUGCAACGGCUGGGAAGAGUAUUGUGUCUAUUACGAUGUGACGGUGGAACAAGGAGGAAAAUUCUACAGUCAUGCGGAACGCGGCUGUGGAACUAAGAAUGCUUGUCUGAAUGAGCCACGCAUUUUUGGGGUGCCCGGAAAGUACAAGGCGAUUAUAAAGAAAUCCGAGUGUACCCCUGCUCCCAAAAUCAUCGGCAAAUACUGAGCAAGAUAGAAGAUACGAUGAAGCAUCUGCGACGGCGGGUUUUCUCUAAAAGGGGAUAAAAUCCUUCUAUCGAGCGCAGAAAAUCACAUUUAAUAAAAUAACUUUUCAAAAUGUAAACGUCUUGCUGGCUGCAUGCUAAAUUGUGCCCAUUUCUCUGCUAAUAAUCGAUCCACAUUUAUCAGGAUUCAC